CGCGGGCGCGGAAUGAAGGCCCGCGGCCCUGGGGGCUGAGGCGCCCGCCGCCUGGCGCGGGCCGCGCGUCCUCAUGGAGGCCGGAGAGGAACCACUGCUGCUGGCUGAACUCAAGCCUGGGCGCCCCCACCAGUUUGAUUGGAAGUCAAGUUGUGAAACCUGGAGUGUGGCCUUCUCCCCAGAUGGUUCCUGGUUCGCCUGGUCUCAAGGACACUGCGUGGUCAAGCUGGUCCCCUGGCCCUUAGAGGAGCAGUUCAUCCCUAAAGGAUUUGAAGCCAAAAGCCGAAGCAGCAAAAAUGACUCAAAAGGACGGGGCAGCCUGAAGGAAAAGACACUGGACUGUGGCCAGAUUGUGUGGGGGUUGGCCUUCAGCCCUUGGCCCUCUCCACCCAGCAAGAAACUCUGGGCACGUCACCAUCCCCAAGUGCCAGAUGUCUCUUGCCUGAUCCUGGCCACAGGUCUCAACGAUGGACAGAUCAAGAUUUGGGAGGUGCAGACAGGGCUGCUGCUGCUAAAUCUUUCUGGCCACCAGGAUGUCGUGAGAGAUCUGAGCUUCACACCCAGUGGCAGCCUGAUUUUGGUUUCUGCAUCCCGGGAUAAGACUCUUCGAAUUUGGGACCUGAAUAAACAUGGUAAGCAGAUCCAGGUAUUAUCUGGCCACCUGCAGUGGGUUUAUUGCUGCUCCAUCUCCCCUGACUGCAGCAUGCUGUGCUCUGCAGCUGGCGAGAAGUCGGUCUUUCUGUGGAGCAUGCGCUCCUACACACUCAUCCGGAAGCUAGAAGGCCACCAAAGCAGUGUUGUCUCCUGCGACUUCUCUCCUGACUCUGCCUUGCUCGUCACAGCUUCUUACGACACCAGCGUGAUUAUGUGGGACCCCUACACCGGCGAGAGGCUGAGAUCACUUCAUCACACCCCGCUUGAACCUGCCAUGGAUGACAGUGAUGUCCACAUGAGCUCUUUGAGGUCUGUGUGCUUCUCUCCUGAAGGCUUGUACCUUGCUACAGUGGCAGAUGACAGGCUCCUCAGGAUCUGGGCUCUGGAACUGAAGGCUCCAGUUGCCUUUGCACCUAUGACCAAUGGUCUUUGCUGCACAUUCUUCCCACAUGGUGGCAUUAUUGCCACAGGGACAAGAGAUGGCCAUGUCCAGUUCUGGACGGCUCCCCGUGUCCUGUCCUCACUGAAGCACUUAUGCAGGAAAGCUCUCCGAAGUUUCUUGACGACGUACCAAGUCUUAGCACUGCCAAUCCCUAAGAAGAUGAAAGAGUUCCUCACGUACAGGACUUUCUAGCAGUGCCAGCCACCCUGUCUCCUGCCGCAGAACCAAACGAAGGGCUGGCUAAGAUGGAGCCAGUCAGAUCACACUGGACCAGCUGUGGCCCUUUCUCCCCAUGGCAUGUGCAAGUAGGUCUGAGUGACCCCACGUGGUGCCAGCCUUACCUCGUCCUCGUCCAUUGUGAGCAGCCUUUGUCAGUCCAGUUGUGUUGAAGCCAAGUGCAGUUGUGGAUGUUGUCUGGGUAAUAAAAGGAAGCAGGCUCCAGA